AUGUUACAUUUCUUAUUCCUCCUUCUUCUUCCCACUCUUCUUUUCUUCCUCCACAAAUCACUAUCCGCCGCCGGCGGUGGCGGCCACCUCCCGCCGGGCCCGAAUCUCUGCCGGAUUCUGACAUUGAAACAUCAGAUCGAACAAAACCCUCGAAAACUUUUCACAAACCUCGCCAAGCUCUACGGCCCAAUAUUCUCAUUCCGCGCCGGCGUCCACCUCAUCGUCGUCGCCUCAUCCGCCGCCGCCGCCAAAGAAAUUUUCAGCACACAGAACCUGAGAUUCGCCGCCCGAUACUUGCCGGCGGUCAACCACAGCAUCCUCAGAACAACCAAAACGAGGUUGCCGGCCGCCAUUGUGGUGGCGGAGUCCAACGCUGUCUGGAAAAUCGUCCGCGGCCUCGGCCAUAGAUCCAUCUUCUCCGCCGCCUCCGUGGAGGCCGCCGCCGGAAUCAGGGCGGCGAAGGCGGCGGAAUUGGUGGAAUUUCUUGGAACUCAAAUUAAGGAAGAAAAAGCUGUCUUUAUCGAAGAGAUUAUAUUUGCCACUUUUGCCAAUAUUAUCAGCACUGUUCUUACAUCAAGAAACCUGUUUUUGGUCGACAAAAAUGGCGAAAAUGUACGGACAGUGAUUAAUCGGCUCAUUGAAAUGGCCGAGAAGUACAGCCGGUUCGGUUUAGGGGAUAUGUUGCCGUUUCUUAGAAGGUUCGAUUUUUCGACGAAAAUAAGGGGUAGAGUUGUUUUUGAGAAUGCCAAAUCAAUUUGGGGAGAUUUUGUCAUGGAGAGAAAAUUGGCUAUGGCUACACAAGUCGAAGGUUGUUCGAAAACUAUGACGCGCGACUUUCUCGACAUAUUGUUGCACGAAGAUUUAUUUGCCGAUGACGGCGCCAUCGAAUAUUUUUUGUCGGAAAUGUUAAUGGGCAGCACAGAUUCUGUGACAACUAUAACAAUUUGGCUGCUUGUUGAAAUGAUCAAGAAUGAAGAAAUUCUCCAAAAAGUUCGAAAAGAAAUCACGGAUCAAGCCGUCGAAGCCGGGAACACUAUAAGCGAGCCGGGUCUCGCACAAUGUGAGUAUCUUCAAGCAUGUAUCAAGGAAGCCUUAAGGCUACACACUCCAUCUCCGGUCGUAGUUCCUCGUCUCGCAUCCAAGGCGAGCAUAAUUAACGGAUACACGAUCCCAAAAAAUACCAUCGUAUUAAUUAAUUUAUGGGCAAUCCACACGGACCCCGGAAUGUGGGAAGAUCCCUUAAUGUUCAAACCCGAUAGGUUUCUCAACUCGCCUAUCGCUUUCAAGGGUGGCGCCAUUGACGGCGCGCAUUUUGAGUACAUGCCUUUUGGUGGCGGAUCAAGAACUUGCCCCGGCUCGGAGAUUUGCCGUAAAGGAGUUCAGCUUAUGACAGCUUGUUUAGUUCAUUACUUCGAUUGGAGGGUCCCCGAUGGAAAUGACCGAGCCGUGCUCGAAAGGGGCGAAGAUCAAUUUUGGACAAUAUUGAAGAAAGAUGAACCUCUCCGAUUGAUUCCAUCGCUGAGGGGAGAUUGUAAUAAUGCGGAAUUAGAUUGAGUUGAAAAAGAUUGAUGAUAUAUUACUCAUGUUCAUAAGGGUAUAUAUUUUAAUUUAU